GUGUGUAUGUGCAUAUGUGUAUGCGUGCGCUUGCUACUAUGCUUGAACCACUGACGCAUUGGUAUUUUGUCGAUUUUGAAUUUGUCUCUGUGUUUAACGUUCUCAUUUUCAAAACCGGUAACGUAAACUGUUUCGCUAUUCUGUCUUCGUCUUGUUUUUCUUUUGUGGCGUCAUCAAGUUUUUGUGAGAGUGAACAUUUCAAAGGCGAAUGUCAAAAAGAAUACUUUUCAAUCAACUUGGAUUUUUUUUUUGUUUACAUGUCAAAUUUUGUGUGCGAAAAACUAAAAAUAAAUUGAAUAAAUACGGACAUUUCAAAUAACAAUUUCGAUAAUAUCGUGAAAUGAAGGAAAUACUUUUGGAAAAAUGAAACAAUUACUUGAAAAAAAUUCAUUCGACGAUCGAUAAAAUUUGAACAACCGAAUACCAAAACAACCAUUCAACAUGUCACAAAUUAGUUUAACAAUUGGAGAAAAGAUCGAGGAUUAUGAGAUUCUCGAUCUUCUGGGGAAAGGUGGUUUUGCUUGCGUCUACCGAGCAAAAUGCUUGAAAUCAGGUUUCGAAGUGGCAUUAAAAAUGAUCGACAAGAAAAUGAUGCAAAGUUCGGGUAUGGUGGGUAGAGUGAAACAAGAAGUGGCCAUACAUUCGAAACUUAAACAUCCAUCAAUUUUGGAAUUGUAUACGUUUUUUGAGGACAUUAACUAUGUGUAUCUAGUGUUGGAAUUGGCGCAAAAUGGUGAAUUACAUCGAUAUUUAAAAGAGAGCCAGAGAGUGCUGACGGAAUCGGAGACAGCGAAUGUUUUGAUGCAAGUUGUGAAUGGCCUACUUUAUUUGAAAGUAAAUAACAUCCUUCAUCGUGACAUGUCCCUUUCGAAUCUGCUGUUGACGAAUGAUCUCAAAGUGAAAAUUGCCGAUUUCGGUUUGGCCACACAGCUGUCGCGGCCCGAUGAGAAGCAUAACACACUGUGUGGCACACCUAAUUACAUAUCACCGGAAGUGGCGUCUCGGGCAACACAUGGAUUACCGGUUGAUGUUUGGGGUGUAGGAUGCAUGAUGUACACACUGCUUGUGGGCAAGCCACCAUUUGAUACGGAUGGUGUAAAAUCAACCUUGACAAGGGUUGUGAUGGCCGAUUUCGUUGUUCCAAACUAUUUGUCCAUCGAAGUGAAAGAUUUGCUUGAUCGCAUGCUGCGAAAAAAUCCCACUGAACGCAUCCAAAUCGAAGACGUACUCACGCAUCCCUUUAUGUUGAAACACCUAGGUGCGUCGCAUCAAAACUUUUCAAAUACGGUCGCAUCGGUUGACAGUGGAUUGCAUACGAUGUCAAGUGGGAUGACAUCGGCGCAAAAUUUCACGGGUAAAAUGGAUCAAAUGCGACAACGUUCCGAUGAACAAUGCUACUAUCAACAGAAAACGGCGCCAGUUAAGGCGACAAAUUUGUUUGACAAAAUGGGUCACAGUGCAUCAUCGCUGUACAAUCGUUACGAUUCACAGUACAAUGAUUACGCGCAUCAGCCGCUUCAAUCGCAAUCCAAUGAGCUCGUCGAUCGAAUCGGAAAUAUGGGAUUGAUGCAACCGCAGGUGGAUAAACAAAUGUUUGGUGGCUAUUCAGCAAAGCCAACGUUUGGCGUUCGCCAUACAUCAAGUGACAUGCUCACAAAUCACACGCCGAUGCCAUUGCAGGAAAAUCGGUUCUAUGGCAUGCAAACGAAUAUGGGCCAUCAGCCAAAUUUGGCCGCUCCAACUCAAGUGAACAAUGUAAAUUUCCAACCGGUACUCACGAAACAACAACCGCCACCGAAACCGAAGCCCAACCCAAAAUUGUGUGUUCCGCCGCUAAAUUCAGAGCGUUUACUGCCGACGAGAUUCAAAACAAAAGCGUGCAUCUUGAGUAUAUUGUUCCUCGGCGAGGUUGUUGUCGAAUUGGUCAAGUCCAAAUACAAUGAAGAUCGUGUGGUAGAUGUUUGUCGCAUAUCAAAAGAUGGCCUACGCAUUGUUGUUUAUCAACCAGACGCUGGACGUGGUGUGAAAAUCCAAGAUACUCCACCGGAUUUACCGGAAUCGGGUGCCGAUUCAAUCUAUAGUUACGAAAACCUACCGUCUAAGCAUCAAAAGAAAUACGUGUACGCAUCGCGGUUCAUCCAAUUGGUACGAGCAAAAACACCGAAAAUCACCUACUAUUCGCACAAGGGCAAAUGUGACCUGAUGGAAAAUUUGGAGAAUUUUGAACUAUCAUUUUAUGAUGGUGACAAAAUUGUACGAACGUCCGACGAUAAUGUAACCAUUUACGAUUGCGAUGGAAAUACGUUGGCGUUGAACAAUGAAAACGAUUCGAUACGAGCACUUUGGCUGCAUUAUCAAGAGUGUUUUGAGCACUGUAAAACACUUGAACGAACGCUGAGCAGUAUAAACAGUGAAAGUGAAUGCUUUCCAAUAAUUGUCGGCCGACGGCCCACCUCGGCGCCAGUGUUGGGUGUUUCAAAGUGUAAUAGCAAUAAUUUCCUGAGUCCACGUCUUGGAGGUGCAUCUUCGCUCAUGUCACUGAACAGUGUUGCAUCAAUGAAAACAUCGCAAAACAAAACAUCGCCAAUGUUCAAUACGUCUUUGGAAAGGGUGAUAGUGCCGGGCAUUGGGAUCGCAACGCAAUCGCCUGAUGGUGUAGUGGAGGUGACCUACAAAGACAGCACUCGAUUGACUUUUAGGCAAGCGGAUCCAGGCGCCGGCGGUAUAAUGUACACACUAGCAAAUGGCAGAUCGUGUGAAUACACGGGAAGAGAUGAAGUACCCGAAGUAGUUCGCAGUAAAUUGACACAUAUGCCAAUCGUAAUCAAACACUUGGCAGCCCACAACAAUGGUCCGACGAUGCCACUAUGCACGCCGGUCAGCAAUAAAUGCAUGCAGCAACCAAUGAAAUUCUUUCGAUAGGACUUUUUCUUGUUCGAAUCAAAGCUCAGAUUAUAUUUAAUUAUUAUCAUAUUGAAAUGAAGAAGAAGAAGAAAAAAAAACGGAUAGCAGCGCUGAGCUUGCCAUACUUCAACCAGUGAUUCCAUUGUUUUAACAAACGCACACAUUCUGCAUUUAAAUCACAUAUUUAUAGAUCUUAUUUUUUGUAUUGAUUGUAGAAGAUUAAGUCGGUUUAAGAAAGUUUUGUUAUAUUUUUUUUAGUAAACUUUUUUUUAAAUAGAAAAUUAACAUUGUAGACUGAUGCAUCAAACAAAAUGGAAAAAAAAACAAACAACAAUCGUACAAAAAAUAUAACAAAUGAGACAAUUGCAA